AUGAAUGUAAAAGAGGGGGGAACAAUGUCGGCUUCGGGUCCCAUAAGCAACUAUUAUGUAGAUUCUCUGAUUAGCCACGAGAGCGACGACUUGCUGGCGUCCCGCUUCCCAGCUACUGGCUCUCAUCCUGCAGCAGCCCGACCGUCAGGAUUGGUACCGGAGUGUGCAGAUUUUCCGUCCUGCAGCUUUGCCCCCAAACCGACCGUGUUUACCACCUCGUGGGCUCCCGUGCACUCCCAGUCGUCCGUGGUUUACCACCCGUACACCCACCAGCCACACAUUGGAACUGACACUCGGUAUAUGCGCACUUGGCUGGAGCCUAUCUCCGGCGCGGUCUCGUUCCCAGGUUUUCCAGCCAGCAGCCGGCACUACGGGCUUAAACCCGACGCCUUCCACGGCCGCAGGGACUGCGGACCGGGGGAUGGACGUAGUUAUCCGGAUUAUAUGUACGGAUCCCCGGGAGAUCUCAGGGACAGAACCCCGCAGACUAUACCCUCUCCGGAAUCUGAGGCCAUCGCUUCCAACAAACACAAAGAAGAAAAGACCGAAUUGGACCCUAAUAAUCCUGUUGCAAAUUGGAUUCAUGCACGUUCUACGAGAAAGAAAAGGUGUCCUUAUACAAAGUAUCAAACGCUGGAACUAGAAAAAGAGUUUUUAUUCAAUAUGUACUUAACUCGGGACCGACGUUAUGAAGUGGCCAGGGUUCUUAAUCUCACUGAGCGCCAAGUCAAAAUCUGGUUUCAGAACAGGAGGAUGAAAAUGAAGAAAAUGAAUAAAGAGAAAACCGAUAAUAAUAAUAAAGAGCAGCAGUGA